AUGAUGGCAUCUUCAGUUCAGCUUCAGUACCAGGGCGCGAGUGCGCAACCGCAGAUAUCUCCACUGAACCUCCUGGCAGCAACCUGCAACAGAAUGUACCCCCACCAGCCCUUCAACACCCACACUCAGCUAUCACCGGCCUCCACCACGUCCUGCAGCAGCGACGGCUACGUCUCCCAAGUACCCCUGGAGACGGCCAGAUCACCCUUGGAAUAUUCUCCGCACUAUCAGUCUCCUUACAGCCACGCCUACAGCAACCAAUACUGGUUCCAACACUCACCACCUCCAGCCGACAUAGCGACGAGCGGUUACCAACCCCAGCAGCACCACCAACACCACCAGCAGUACGCGCAGUGGCCGCAGACGAACUACAUGACCUCCUUCGCCUCUACGAUGAAGAUGAUCAAGCCGGAGAUCGGCGUCGACUUUCCUACAUACUCCUCGAAAGCUAGACGAUGUAUAAAAUGCCAGUGUCCCAAUUGCAUCAACGAGGAGAACGGGUUGAAGAAGCCUUCUUCGAAGAAGGUGCAUAUCUGCCACUACCCAGGCUGUGAUAAAGUGUACGGGAAAACGUCGCACCUCCAGGCACACCUCAGGUGGCAUACGGGGGAAAGGCCCUUCGUGUGUAAUUGGUUGUUUUGCGGGAAGAGGUUCACCAGGUCCGAUGAGCUCCAGCGACAUUUGAGGACGCAUACGGGUGAGAAGAGGUUCGCCUGUACGGUGUGCUCGAAGAGGUUCAUGAGGUCGGAUCACCUCGCCAAACAUGUCAAGACCCAUAAGAAUGGGAAGAAGAGCGAGUCCUCUUCACCUCCUCCAAAGGCAGACGAAGAAUCCUCUUCGGAAGCGAUUAUAAAAAGUGAAUCUCAACCCCAGGUGAAGAGUAGGUGUGUGCCAUCCUCUGUACCCUCAGGUGUACCUCAGUUGCCUCAGUAUAACACUCCUAUUUUACAUACGACGACACCCAGUUUUUAUGGCAGUUACCACGGUCUUUACUUGCAGAGUAUUCAUGAACAGUGA